AUGCAAACGGUUACACCAUCUACUUACAAAAAUGGAGACCGCGUUGGAUUCAGUCAUGGACAACCAGUAGUAACACAGCCCGUCCUUGUCCGGUUCUUCCGGGAUCGGCCUAUGUCUGUCCAGUGCCCAUUGUGUUCCAAGAUGAUUGUCACACGGACUUCGUAUGCGGUGGGAAACUGCACGUUAUUGGCUUCCGCACUUGCCUGUCUAACUGGUGGUGCUUUGGGAUGCUGCUUCAUACCGUUUUGUCUGAAGAAAUGCAAAGAUGUCGAUCACACUUGUCCAUCAUGCAACGGAUUGAUAUCCACAUACGCACCGAUGUGA